GUCAUGUAGCUCCCACUUACAAGUGAGAACAUGUAACAUGUGAGAACAUGUUGGUUUUCUGUUCCCGUGUUAUCUCCACCUUUUCUAAGGAAGCUAUGACAUCCCUGGCCUUUAUGUUGUCUGGUCUUGCUUCACCGUGGCCCCAGAGAGUACCUUCUCUGUCUUCAUAGAGCACACAGAUCCCCAUGUGCACCAGAAAGGUCAUUUGAUGUGGGUCAUGUCUGGAGACAGAUUGGCCAACUUGAGACAGUCUGGUAUCUGGUGACACUUCUUCCAGCUUGGGCUGGUCAUUGCCUCCAUCACUCACAUUCAUUUCUACACUCGCAUACUCAAGCCCCCAUUGUGUGCUAUGCUCUCAUCGAUACAGUCCAUGCUUUACAAUGCUUUUUGGCUGCUUCUGGGCCAGUUCUAACCAGACUAAAUGAGGUGUGUGUAGGGAGGGAUGCUAAGGGAGAAAUGGGGUGGGAGUGGGGUAUCUCGUCCAUGGUCCUGGAGCAGUGUAGGUAGUCAGGAUGACCAGGAAGUGUUUGCACUUGGAAUGCGCUUUUCCCAUUCCAAGUUACCCUUGGCCAUGUGAUGUUUCUACUCUUGAUCUCUGGGUCAUCAGAGAGUUGGAGGACUCAGGAGGGGGGUUUAUAGUUGAAGAAGGCCAAUUUCUAGCAAGUCCUUGAUAGCAUAUGACACCCCACUUGGCCUGCUGCAGUCUGGGGGACUCUUCUUGUUUUUCUACCAGACGACCAUCAGCUAAUCUAAUCCCUUCUGAGGGGACUGGUACAGGUGUUGGCUGGCAGUGACUUUAUUUUUUAAAAGAGGACUCAAGGCUUGCUACAGAAUUUGCAACAGAAUUGUACAAGAAUUGCUACAGGUCCAGCUACAGACCUGGCAGGAGGGUCUUGCUUCUCUGUCCGCUUUUCCAGUCUCUCUGCUUUUCUGCAGCUGAACUCUGCUUCACUCUCCCACCCUGGCUUGGCUGUGGGACACCUAGCUGGCAAUGGGCCACCCUGGUAGACAGGACAGUAAUAUUCCCCUCCCUUAUGGCAUUGCGAUUUUCUGAAGUGGGGGACUGAUUUAUCCGGAGUCAGGACUGGAGUCCUGGUGGAUCAAAUCUGUGCUCUCCCAUUGGUCUGUAAAUGUGACUCUCCUUGGCCUAUGGGGCCUGAGAAAAGGAGUGGAGGUGGGCCUUGAAUUCCCCAUGCUUUGCUCUGCUCUGCUGUACCUGAAUGGCCCCCUGCUGUGGAGUGUGCAGGAGGCGUUAGCCUGCUUGUCCAGCUCCAGGAGGCUUCUGAAGGGGAUGAUGGACGAGGAAGGGUGGGACUCACUCUUAUGGCUGCCCAUGUGCCUCCUGGCUCAGCAGCCACCUGGGCCCCCUAGCACCAUAGAACUUUGGUCUCGGGACAAAAAACUCAAGAAUGGGGACAAUCACCUUUGUCUUGUGUCCUGCUCAGAGGGGCAGCACCCCAGCCUGCAGCUGGGAUGGGGUCUGAGGAUCUUCUCAGGGCUCUGCCUAGGUGUACCUCUUGGCCCACUUUGCGAAGGGGAGGGACUCUUGGGGACAUGGCUUCUGGUUUUGGCUGACUGGACUCGCAUGGGGGUGCCUGUGGGCCUUGGGGAUGAAAAGAAAUACGAUGGGCCCAGAGUCUGGGCCUGUGGAGAAAGGGCCGUAGCCACAACGGCUGGAGCUCUUUGUCUAGGAAGUGCCCGAGCGCUCUGUGCAAGGGGUAGGGGCGUAGGACGCCUGGGGUCCGCCCCUUGGUUCCCUCCCCCCGACGCAGCCUCCGGCCCGCCCGCCAGUCUGGGCUCCCGCACAUCUGGCGAUCCCGCCACAUCUGGGCAGCCGGCGCUGGAGCAUGAACGGCUCUCAGGCGGGCGCGGCGGCUCAGGCCGCCUGGCUGAGCUCCUGCUGUAACCAGUCGGGGUCGCCGCCAGAGCCCCCCGAGGGGCCGCUCGCGGUGCAGGCGGCGGUGCUCGGCGUGCUGUCCCUGCUGGUGCUUUGCGGGGUCCUGUUCCUGGGCGGCGGCCUCCUCCUCCGCGCCCAGGGCCUGACAGCGCUGCUGGCCCGCGAGCAGCGCGCGUCCCGCGAGCCCGAGCCCGGCAGUGCCAGCGGAGAGGACGGCGACGACGACGACGACUCCUAGGCGCCCAGCUGCGCUCGGAGGUCGCGGCCUCCAGGCGGCCCCUGACUCCCAGCGGUCCGGAGCAUGCCCGACGGCUGCUGCGGUCGCAAUCCCUUACCCGAAGCGGCGCGCCUCGCACAGAUUCCUGAGCCCCGCAUCAUCUGCCAACCAGAGAGCUCUCCUGCUGCCGCUCUGGGGGUCCCCUGCCACCUUCAGCCCAUUCUUGCUGCAGAUGAAAGACUGGGAGAUACCUGGCUUAUGGUGAGACCUCAACCUGGGAUCCUUGCACCCAGCCACUGCCUCUGAACUGCUCCACUGGACCUCCGGAAGUGCUCAGUGUGGGCCUGGACUUGGGAGACUUGCACUCCCAGCCCACUUGGGACCUGCUGCAUGUCCUGGGCACUGAAGUGGUCACACAUCCUGGACGCCUGGUGCAGCAGGUGCUGGCUGUGCCCCCUGCCUUCUGGCCUCUGAGGACAUGAGUGCAGCACUUGUCCUGUCAGGUGUGAGGCAGCAAUGGUCUGACAGUGACCGGCCCCUGCUGCAAGUCAGUGCCUCCCAUUUGCAGGCCUGCAGUGCCCCCACAAUCCAGGAAUGCUGCAUCACUUUCUGUGGCCUGUUAUUAAAUAUGCUGGUAAUGCAA